AUGGAUUGUUGGGGAGCGAUCUUGAAACCGCGAUGUGGUAGAGACGAUUUAUCUAACUGCCUUCCUGUACAUGAAUGGGUGUGGGUGUACAGAAUGGGUGAUUGGAUUCACUGCAAUGUGUGCAUUAGAAUGCCAACAACACAAACUGCUGAACAGUGUCCAUUUUUUUUCACUUCCUGUGGUCAUAUCAUUUGCAGUAAAUGUCGUGAAACAGUUCCUCAAGAUCAAUGUCCUCGAUGUAGCAAACGUUCUAAUUCGGUAAAAAUCAAUCGAAAUCUUAGAGCUGAUUUGCAAAUGUAUUUCCGAAAUCCGAAAGAUUUGCUAGAACAGUACGUCAAAAAUUUAAAUUCAGUUUUAGAUUUUCAAAGCACUCAUCGGCAGCAUUUGCAAAAAGCUAAGCAAGAACAACAGAAAAAAACAAUGAAAUAUGUGAUAUCAGCGCAGUUAGCAAUAAAACAAAAGUCUGAAAAAGAAAGGAAAACUUUGGCGGAAAAGGAUGCACUUGUUAGAGAAAUCGAAAAACUACGGCAUCACGCUCAAAAAUUAGAACAGCUGUUGGCUAUGAACUCCGCAUCACGCAGCAGUUCAAAAAGUCCUCAUUCAGCUGCAAGAUCACGUAGUGCAGCUUCAUCAGAAAGAAAUUGUGGGAGUUCUUCAGGACGCUUUGCUACCAGUACUCCACUUAGUGAUUGCUUGGAAGAUGAUUUUAAAUUGGAAAAUAAUCGUUCAUUAAGCCGUGUAGCUGCAGCAUUUGCUCGAAGCGGAAUAGAGCCUAGUCCAAUCGCCCUAUCUACGGCUGCUAUUACAACACCUGAUAUGUUGGGUUUAAGAAAAAAAUCCGAGAAGUAA